UGAAUCAGGAUAUAAAGCUUCAAUUAAUCACAAAUAUCUUGAUAAGCCAGCCAUAUUCAUAUCUAUAAUUGAAAAUGAAAAUUAUGUACUUGAAAUUUAUCAAAAUUUUAAUAUUCAAAAACGGGUUGUAGGCAAUUCUCUAAAUGAAGUUUGGAAAAUUUCAGGAUUUAUAAAACAAUAUGAAGGAAUCCAACUUUUUGGUCUUGAAAAUUCAUUUAUUCAAAAAUUAAUUCAAUGA